GAAAAGAAUGAAUUGUUUGUGGUGGGGAAUGAGAGAGAAUGGAAUGGUCUCCAAACGCUUCGAAGUCGCGUGGUUUUAGAUAGUGGAAACGGUAUAAAAAAAUAAUAUCACAUUCAAUGUUAUUUAUAUAAAAGGCGGUGAGAGACUCAUUCAAAAGUUGAGUGAGUUAUAAAAUGCGAAAAAUGUGCCGUGAAUAAAUUAAAGAAUAACAACUGGUACCAAGUUUUAAUGAGUUUUUUGUGUUAAUUUAAGGUUCUUUUCAUUAACAAUAAGAAUUUGUUAAGAUGGAAAUAUUCGGGAUAGAAUUCGCCCCAUUAAACAUACCAUUAAAGCGUCGUCUUCAAACGGUAGCUGCAGCUUCAUGGUUCGUAAUAAUGAUAGGUGGAGGUUUAGCAGGACUCCUUUUAUCAAUCUACCUCAUCAUUUUCUCCUCCUUGCGGUGGCUCGUAAUUUUAUAUUUAAUCUGGAUUUGGGGUCCAGACAGCAAAAUUAGCGAACGCGGCGGAAGACGUUCGGAAUGGAUAAGAGAUUGGACUUGGUGGAAAUACUUAAAACAUUAUUUCCCUUUAAGUUUAGAAAGAGUACCAUGGGUUAGCUUGGAUCCCCAUAAAAAUUACCUAUUUUGUUGUUUCCCCCAUGGAAUGUUAUCGACGGGUCCGUUUUCGGCUUUUGGAACGAAAACCGGAGGUUUUCACGAUUUAUUCCCUUAUCACACCCCGUAUGUGAUGACUUUAAAACAACAUUACGUUAUGCCGUUCUUUAGGGAGUUGGCGUUGGGGUUGGGGGGAUUGGACGCUUCGAAAGAUUCGAUUAAUUACGUUUUAAGUAAACCGGAAGGUGGAAACGUUUGCGCGUUAAUGGUUGGGGGAGCUGCAGAAGCUUUUAAUUGCCGGCCGGGGGAGUACAGAUUAAUUUUAAAAAAUCGAAAAGGAUUCGUUCGAUUAGCGCUAAAAAACGGGGCUCCUUUAGUACCCGUUAUUUCGUUUGGAGAAACCGAUUUAUACAAUCAAGUUAAUAACCCGGAAGGAUCGAAAAUUAGGAAUAUACAAGAAGCGUUAAAAAAAUACAUCGGAUGGGCGCCGGCCAUUCCAAUUGGAAGAGGAUUUUUCCAAUAUAAUUAUGGAAUCAUUCCAAAGAGAAAACCAGUUACAACUUUAGUUGGAAGACCGAUUGAUGUUAAAAAAGUGGAAGAUCCAACUCGAGAGCAAAUAGAUGAUCUCCACGCUGUUUUUAUAAAGGAACUCGUCACGCUCUUUGAACAGGAAAAACAUCGUUACAUAAAAAAUCACGAAAACAUUCACUUAGAAAUUGAGUAAAUAUAAUUAAAAAUACAUAUAUAUAAUUAACCAGCAAUUAAAUGUGAUAAAUAUUUUAAAAGGCGGCAAACGUGUUUCAUUAUUAAACUUUUUUAAGUGUUAUCUUUUGAUUAAUUACCUCCAAUGUGAGCUUUAUUUACUUUAAGAAAGAGUUUAUAAGAAAUAAAUGUGUUCUGAUUUUUUACCUUUAUUUUUGGAACAUUACUUGUUAACCUCAAUUAAACCAAUACGACCUUGAA